AGGAGUGGAUCUUUCUUUGCAGGUGGAUGGGGGCCGGUGGCGGGGGCUGUGACGAUUGGCUUCCUUAGGGGAUGGGCUUUGCUUGUCCCCUGAGCUCUACGCCACCAGGCAGAGUUUACCGAAUUGCUCUCUCACAAUGGCGGAGAGGUCACAUGGAUUCGGCAACUCCCAAGGAGGCCAAGAAAAGAGCAGGAGAGAGAUCCUGAGGUCCACCAAGAGGGUGUGGGCCCCCCUAGAUGAGCAGCUGCCUCCUGGCUCUGAGGAGGAAAGCCAGAGUGUCACCAUCCCCACACUGGAAGAUUCCAAACAAGCAAGUAUUCAGCAGUGGCUGGACUCUGGAUUCUUGGUCUCUGUAAAUGAAAACUUUCAGCAAGUCAUCGACCACACUGUUUCUUUACAUGAACAAGAAAUGGUGCACAUGACCGUGAAGGACUACAUGAGAUCUCUGCAUCCGUUUUCAGAAACUCCCACCCUUUCCAGAGGGACCAGUUUCAACUCUUGCCAUUCUGCUGCAAGUCUCCCACAAAGCAUUCCUGAAUGGCUGGAAUUUUGGGAAGAAGAUCCGGUGGAGAUUCUCUUGGAUCUGGGGUUUGGUGCAGAUGAGCCCGACACCUGCACACAAGUCCCAGCCAGAUUCCUGGGUUGUAGCUCAGCCGCCAGAGGAAUCAACAUCCGGGUCUUCCUUGAAGCUCAAAAGCAGCGAAUGAACAUUGAGAACCCUGACUUCUACAGUCGUUUCCAACAGCUGGAGAUCCUGGACCAUGUAGCCAAUGCCUUCUCAUCUUUGCUGAAUAAUGUUAACAUCCUGCAGAACAAAGAUGAAGCGGAAGACAGAGGGGAAAAUGUGCAAAGAACCUCAGUGAGUGAAGCCAAUGGACAUCAGAAGAGAAUGGGUAAACUUUUCAAGAGAACUUCAAAGCAGAGCAUUAAGAGAGAUUAUAGCCCAGAAGCAUCAGAGUCACUGAAGAUGAGGGGCAAAUUUUCCAUCACCUCUGCAAAAUCAGGAGGGUGUGGAGCAGAGUUACCAGUUGUGACAAACAACCAUGACCAAAGCCAUUUGUUUCCUUUGGCAGAACACUGGUCUCUCCAAGCCUGCAAUGAUUUGGUGCCCUGUCAUGCUCCCCAAGCUCUUGUGAGCAAACAAUGGCCUUGCUCAUCCCCAUUGGCUAAGAGGGCUCCUCUUUCCUGUACAUCUGAGGGCUCAGUCAAGGACAGAACUGAAAAGGUACACUCCAUUCAAACUAACAAGCUCAAGAGCUUGUCUCAUCUUGCAAGAGAAGCACUGGACUCCUUUGAAUUGGAAGAGGUCCAGAGCUUUGAGGAAGAGACUGGUAAUCCUCCUGACAUGACAUCAGGAAUUACAGAUGCCACAGUGAACAGAGAAAACAGCUUCCAGUCCGACAGCAGCGGAUUCCUGGAUGACCCCCUGGAACCAUUCUCCUUGCAGAUGCCUUCCUUGCCAAGCAGCCAGAGUCCUGUUGAGAAUGGAUGUAGAGAGCCAAGGGAUCAGAGCCAGUGCUUAGUGCCACCCCAGGACUGCCAGCAAGAGUCAGAUGAAUCUGAUUCCAAGAAUAUGGUGAACACAGCCUUUUCAAAUCAAGACUGGAGUGUCAUGGAAGAAAAGGCCUCAACAUCUACAGUGGAGGAAGAGUCUCUGUUUGAGGAUAUGGAGAAGCCCCCAGAGCCAUUGACCCCAUAUACAGCCCUUGACAGGACCACCAGAGGGGGAGAACACCCAAGGAAAGACAGCCAUCCAAGGCAGGACUUGCCCAGGCCCCAAACUGGAACCGAGGCCCUGGUGGGUCCAGCUAGCUCCAGGUGGGACUGUCCUCUGGGGUUUAGGCUGCCCCACAGCACAGAAGCCAAGGAUGGGUUUCUGAAGCUUGAGGGAGCUGAGGAAACAUCCAUGCAAAGCCACCACUGCAAGUCCCAAAGACCCCGGGGAGCUGAUCCUGCUCACAACAAGCCCCUUCAUGUAGAUACUGAGGCAACCUGUCCUGACACCAAUGGUACCUCAGUGACAGGAGAGAGCCCACCACAGCAUGUCCCCAGGCCCAGUAAUGUCAUGUCCUAUACAGUUGACCUUAUUCAAACAUCUGCAAAGUUCAUUCCCCACCUCGACAAACCUGCUGGAGAUACUCCCCAUGCAAAGCCAGUAUGUCGUGCUUUGGGUCAAAUACCACAUCAAGCAGAAUCUGAGAGGGGAAAGCUUCCUCCAAACGCUGACUCAAACGCUGCUGGUUCCAAGUCGGUGACAAUCCAGAUGUCCUCCAACCUGGCAUCUGCUGCUCCGGAUGCUGGGGCUUUGGGGACUGAUUCUAAAGGAACAACUUUAGAAUGCACCAUGGGUGAACUUGCUCCCACAGCAGAACCAGGAUUGGAGACAAAAUCAAGACAGUGCCGUGAUGUUUCUGUUCAGGCUGAUAUACGUGAGCUUAGACCCUGGCACUGCUGUUCAGGGCAGAAUAACAAGGCCCGGCGCCUCACCAAAUCCGUCUCUCUGGACACAGGCUUCUCUUAUAUCUGCCCACCGGGCAUCUGCCACGCUGAACCCACCCACGGCUGUGUCUGCUGUCAUCACCGGCCCCACUGCCAUUCAGAGAGGCAGAGCCCCAGCCCUGUGUCUUCAGCCUGUAGACACUGCCUGUGCUCCCAUCACCAUCUGGAAGCCCAGUUCAUGAAGACUUUGAACGUCCUUCAGGACACCACAGCGAAGGAGCUAUGCUCGUGCACAGUCCAGGAGAUGGAAGUGAUGAAGAUGGUGUGCCAGAGUUUCCAGGAGCAUUUGGAGGAAAUUGAACAGCACCUUACAGGACAGCAGGCACUCUUUUGCAGGGACAUGUCAGAGGAGGAAAGGCAGGAGGCCAAACAGCUGCAGACUCUCCGUUGGGCCCUGCAGCAGCAGGUGGAGGAGCUGGCGUUUCAGUUUGGAGACCGGGCUCAGCAGAUCAAAGACGAGAUUCUAUUGCACUUUGAGCUUCUCACAGAGGAACUCACUGAACACUAUCCAAACCUGCAUGACUGUAACUGGACAGAAGAAAAGAAUGACCAGACUUCAUGUGCUAAAGUCCACCCAGCCAUGGCCCCCCGGGUUGCCUUUCCUUCCCAAGAUGGCCAGCAAACUCUCAGCUCAAGGGUGACCCAUUUACCUGCCUUCUCUUCACCCACCUUGGAGAGCAGCACCAGGAUGUCUCCUCCAGCUGGGGCAGAGUCAGGCCCAGCCCCCUUGUCAAAUUGUCCUAUUGGAGAUAGGGGUACAAAUGUCUUCCUCUAGAUCAGAGUGGUUUUGAUGACCUUCCUGCAAAGUGUAAGAGCACAUUCCAGCCAGACAAGGAAAUCUAAAUUGACCCCCAGAAGUGUCUGUCAACCUGCUUCAGCUAUUUUUAAAAAUAUUCUACUCUGUGUUUCAACCCAGGAGAAACUCAAUAUUUCAAUAUUUAUUCAAUACAUAAUAAGUGAGCACCUACUAUGUGGCUGGCACAGGGAAUACAUGGGGGUCAAAAUAUGUAUACAUAUCUCUAGAUAUAAAUGAUAGACAGUCUUUGCCCUGCAGAAACAUAGAGUCUACUGGGUAAGAUAGAAUGUGGAUACAUAAAGACAUAUGGAUUUGAAAACUGUGAAAGAGAUUUGAGGGAAAUCACAGGGUUUUAUGAAAGAGAACAUAGCAGGGAAUCUGACUGAGAUCAAGCUGUCAGGAGUGCCUGGUUGAGGAAGUGACAACAGAAGAGGGAAAGAAAAUCCAGGGCUCAGAAGGGCCAGCCUGUCCAAUGGCCUGAGGCAGUCGGCCCCUGGAAGCAUUGAUGAAGCUCCCACCAUGACCCAGGAGAUCCUGGGUCAGGACAGUUGUAAACAAAGACAGUUGUAAACAAGACAGACAUUCGACUCAUAAAUAGCUGGAUGGAGAGCGGAGAAAAGAAGAACAACCAACAAGAUAACUUCAACAUUGACAAAUGCCAUGGAGAAGACAGCGUGUGAACUAUGUAGGGGGUGGUGUGGAAGAGAAGCGUACAGAAUUCCUGAGGGUGACAGGCAGGGCCUUGCUGAAAGGAGGCUAUUUGGCUAAACCCUGGAUGGUGAGGAAGAGGAAGCCAUGUGAAAUUCUGAGGGAAGAACCUUGAAAGCAGAAGGAAUGGAAAGUUUAAAGGCCCUGAGGCAGAACCAGCCGAAGUUGCUGAGCACAUGAGUGAUGGGAGCGUGGAGGGCGAGGAUGUCCAUAGGCUGACUGUAUGCCGGGGUCUGAGAGCCAGGAUUCUUCUUCCUUGUGGAAGCCAUUACAGGCUUUAAGGUGGAUUGUCAGAUAGUCUGGUUUACAUUUAAAAAUCCCACUGACUGCCUGUGGGGAGCAUGCGGUUGGGGACCUGCAGCUAAGCAGUGCUCCCAGGGACGAGGCUGUUGGUGUAAUCCCUGUGGUAAGAAGCAAAGUGUCGAGUUGCUUCCAUGCAGCUGGGGAGGCUUGGGAACCCCCCACCCCACCCCACUGAAACAUGGGAUGCACUGGCAGUCUUAAAGCCCUGGAGGAGUUCUAAGAAAUGGGGAAUGAAAGAAGAAUGGGACAGUCAGAAGAACUUCAUGGAAAAAGUAAUCCCUUGAGAGAAGUUAUAACGUGUAGGAGAUGGGCCAGUGGAGGUCACUUCCUAGCAAGGAAACUCAGAAGCUAUUUCUUUGGAAACUAGCCACUACCAGAUUGGGCCUCCUAGCCUGUCUCAUUCUUCAUCCUCCUUGCUUUUUGAAAACCCUUUGGCUUCAGUGGAACCCUCCUACCCUCUGGACCAUUCCAGUUUCCUCUGUUGACUGCCCUUUCUCAGACUGGGAACAUUCCCCUUCCAUCCUUAAUUCUCUUUUUUUUCUCUCUCCAUACCAAUUUCCCCAAUAUGUGUAAUCUACAGGCACCCGUCUCCAGUUCCUGUCCUCUCCAGAAUUCCUGCCCAGCAUUCUCUACUCUCUAUAACAUAUUUGCACUUGGAAGACUUGCCUGUCUCACUGAGCCUCCAACCUGAUCCUGUCAUUUCCCAGAAUCAGUUCAUCUUCCUGAUACUUUCUGUCCACGGCAUUAUUGUUCUCCUUGACGUGUAGACUCAGAGCCACAAAUUCAUGUUGUCUCCUAGUCCUCUUCCCUCAGAAUCAAUGAUCACAUCAACGCUGAGGGUACUGCUACAGUGUCAUUCCCACAAGCCCCCUCAGAACCUACUACUUGGUGAACACCCAACUGAGGGGCCUUCUAAUUGCCUCUAGCUUCCUUCUCUCUGAGCUAUACUGGCCUCUGCCAAAGUGGUCUCCCUUGGUCAUCACUUGAGUCAUAAUACCCUGGCCUAGGGUGAGUAGCCAGGGAGUCAGGGAGUCCUUUUAGGCUAUUCUAGAGAACUAGAGAGAAGUCUCAGGAUCAUCCUGCCCAGAGCAGUCUUGCCCCAAACAAGCUCUAUGCCCCCUCCUGCAUCCUGCUGCCUCAUUUCCCUGGACCACAUCCAUCUUUUGGCUUCUGCAUCAUGGUUCAGCUUCCAGCCCUAACUUGGCUCCUGAUAUACUGCAUAUAUAUGUGCAUAUGUACAUUACGUAUGUAUAUGGUACCCCUCAAAUUUUUUCCCUUUCUAAACUUAAACUUAAAUUUAAAUUAAACUUAAAAUUUUUACUCUUUCCCUGGGUCAGACGCUAGGCAUCCUUGUUUAUCUCCAUUUUUCCAAUGUAGACUUUGAAAAGUUUGCCAUCAUUUCUGGAGAUGACUUCAGAUGUGAAGGGGGAGGCAAAAAAGACCCAUUGCCUUCAGAUGAAGGGUAGCAUCUGAAAUCUCUAAGGAUCACUAAACAUCUCAUGGUAUUUCCUUGUUUAUUCUCCAAACUCUCCAACAAAGAGCACCAAAGGGGAACCAAGAUGUAGAGAGCUGACCAUCAACCCAGAACUUUUGCUGUCUUCGGCCCAUCAUGACCUGAUUGCCAACACUACUUCCAAAUAUCAUCUGUAGUUCAUGUCCUUCUUCCCAUAAACAUGAAACCUCUAGAAGCCCAGGCCACCUGGCGAUCUAUGAAGUAACUGCUAGUGUCCCCAGGGGUUCUCUAUCCUGAACACCCUUUAGACUCACUGGGGAGAUUUAAAAAAUACAUUGAAACCCCACCCCAGAUCAAUUAAACAAGAAUCACCAGGGAUGGGAUCCAGCUACCCACAAAUUUUAACAGCUCCCCAAAUUAUUCUAAUAUGCAGUUAAAAUUGUUGCUCUGGAUGAAAAGGCCACCUUACAAUUCAACUGUUCCUGUUGUUUUCUAAGGACUCUCUUUUAUUUCCCAUUUUUUCUUUCUAUACCACCCCUCUUAGCUAAAGAAGUCUUUCAUGAUUCAUUGACAACCAUUGAAUUAGGAAACUGGGAGAGAGGAGAAAUAAAAAUGAUGUGUGGACUUCAUUUCUAUUUUUUUAGCAUUGACUUCUACCUUGCUCAUCAGUUCUUACAUUUCAUCUUUAUGUAUAAAGAAGUAGUAAACAGAUGACUUUGUUCUGUUUUCCUUCCUUUCCCAGAAGUCCUAUUCCAAAUUUGACAAACCAGAUUAAAUACACAUAUUUGAUUCAGUAGGUCAGGGUAAGGAUUAUUUGUUUCUUCUAUUUAACACCUUCCUUCUCUUGGAGGAAAAUGUCUGUAUAAAAUAGUCCAUUACAAAAAUUAUGGAUAUGUAAGUAGUCUUCUAAAUGUAUAUAGUUCUUUCACCACUAGGACACAGCACAAACAUUCUAGAAAGAUGAAUAAUUAGACAAAUUUCCUUUAUGGCGUAAAUAUUAAAUAUAAAUGUAAAACUGGGUGUUUUGAGUGUUAUUUAUAGUACAUGAGGAUAUAAAGCAAGUUUCUCAAGGACAGAAUCUACAACACACAUUUAGGUAACUCAAAUACUCUGACCUUAUGAUCUCCCCUUGCAUUCUUCCACGUUUCCAUAAAUAAGCUUCUAA